AUGAAUAAUAUAAAGUUAUACCAAUGCAAAUAUUUGGCAGAAAUAUACGUUAAAAAUAAGGAAAUAAAUGAAUAUUUAAAUAUUUUGCAAUAUGUAGAUUGUUCUAAUUUGGAAAGCGCUAAGCGCUUUAAGAUUUUUAUUUUCGAUGAAUGCCCCAGCAUUGUAUCACAUGACAUUGUUCAAGAAAAUAUAUAUGGAAAUGAAAUUCAAUACGGAAAGCUAGAAAAUGAGCAUGCUUCAAAUGAUCAAUUAGACAGUAUAAUGCCAAAUGGUAUGGAAAAACAUAUGCUGAAUUCUAAUAUAGCUGAAAAAGAAACAUAUAAAAAUUAUCCUAUUAAUGACAAUAAUACUAGAAAUAAAAAUGAGAAAAAAUAUUUUGAAAUAUAUAUUUAUUAUGAUGGAACAAUUGACAUUGAUAUGGGCAUCAAAAUGCUAGGAAUGAAUAUAUAUGAAUAUUCAUUUAAUUUAAAAGAAUUCGAAAGAACAAAAGAUAAAUUGAUUAUGUGUAAAUCAUCGGGUGGUAAUACUAUCGAAAAUAAUGGAAAGGGGUAUGAUAGUAAUAAUGAUAUUUGUGAAUUAAAAAAUGGGAGGUUAAAAAAUAUUUUUAAAUCAUUAAAUAUACAAACUAUUGAUUCAUUUACGGGAUCUCUCAUAAAAUUACCAUUUGAAAUUAAUUCAGAAAAAAACGAAUUUGUUGAAAAAAUAAGAAAUUCCACAGCAUGGUUUAUUAUAUACUGUAAAAAUAUAAACAUUAUUGAUAUGAAUAUUAAUCAUAAUUUUAAUUUUAAAUGGAAAAAAUAUAUAGAAUAUAAAAAUAUUUCUGCGUUAGAAGGAGAAAAAUUGAUAAAGAACGAUAUAAAAUAUUAUGGUGUAGAAUAUAGUACUGAAAAUGUUUUUUCUAAAUACAUUGUAUACGACAACGAUAUAAUUGAUAACAAUAUUUAUGAUAGAAUGCUGCGUAUAUAUUUUUUGUAUAAAGAACAUGAAGAAUUAUACGAUAAGACCCAAAAUAUUGAUAUAUAUAAUAAACUAGAUAUUUCCGAAUUUGUGUCUACAAAUGUUGUUAAUCUGUUUGGAAAUCUUUCAAUUUAUAUAAAAGACGAAAAUAAUCAAAAUAUAUUAAUAAAUGAUAUUUGUAAUAAUCGAUUAAUUCCUUCAAUAUGCAAUGCAUACAUAGAAUUUUUACUGCUACUACGAGAGCAAAAUAUUUCUAAUAGAAAUUAUAAUUUUUCAUCAUACUUUCCCUUAUUAGAUAUUACGUCUAAAGGGAAAAUUAACCAACUCAUAUACUCAAUAUAUAAUGAAAUAUUUGAUGAGAAAAAAAACUUAAAAUUAAUUUUCAAUGGGAAGAAAUGGAUAAAUUUUAGCGAAUGCAUAUUUGUUACAAAUGAAUUAAAAAAUAUAUUUGAGAUGGGAAUAUCAGAUAUUAUGGAACACUCUGAAAUAACCAAUAUAAUUUUUUUAGAGGACAAAAUAAAAACUGCUAUAUAUUAUCAUUUGAAUGUACUAAGUAAAAAAAUAGAAAGUAAUAAUUUAAUUAAGAAAAUAUUAGGGUAUAAUCUAAAAUAUAUAGAUGAUAUUCCUAGUGAUAUUAUUAAUAAUAUAGAAUUAUUUCACAAAAAUAUUUCAGUAAAAAAUAUAUUAGAAAAAAAUAAAAAGUGUAAAUUUUUGCAUGAAAUAAUUACAAAUAAUAUUGAGCAUGUGCAUUUUGAAAACCUUUUGCCUAUACUAGUUUAUCUUGUACAAUUAAAAUCUGAAAAUAUAGACAACGAUUUAAGAACUAUUGAAUGUUUUCCCAAUCAGAAUAAAAAACUUAAAAAAAUCAGUGAAUUAACAUUUUCUAUGGAUAAGGAAUAUUAUAAAGAAUCCGUAGAUAUAAAAUGUAAUAAUGAGAGCAUACAUGAUGAAUAUGAUAAUUGUAAUCAGGUUAAACGACGUACUAUUAGUAAUGAAAAUUUAAUAUCAAUAGAAUUUAUGGAUAAAUUAAAAAAUGAAGACAUUGAGAGGCUCAGAGUUUUAGGUCUAACGGUUAUUUAUGAAGAAUAUAAAUUAAAUGAUAAUAUACAUGAUAUUUUAUUAGAUUUAGAUAAAUUAUUUUUUAGUGCUAUGGCAUACGAAAAUAAAAUUACAAUUUUAAAUAAAAUAAUUUACCAAUUAGAAAAAAACAUAAUUGAUUUGGAAAACCCUACAAUGUUAAAUGAUUUAAAAAAUAUAUUUUUUUUACCAAUAUAUAAAAGUAAAAACUAUAAUUAUGUUCGAUUGGGCAAUGAUACAACUAUGAAUAAUAAGAUAACAAAAAAUAAAGAAUCUCAUAAUACUUUUUCAUGUAAUUUGAAAAAAAAAGACACAUUAAAAAGUAUUAAUAGUAAUGAAUUAAAUUAUAGUAACACAUCCGAAUUGAGUAGCAAUUCGUGUGAUAAUAUAAAAAAAGGAAAUUGCGAGAUUGAAUAUGAUGGCAUUACAAGUAAUAAUAUUCUUAAUGCAGAAAACAACAAUUUCAAUGAUAUAACAGAAAAAAUGAAUGAUACACAUAUUUCAGAUUUUAUUAGGAUAAAUGAAGGAUAUGAUAAGAAAUAUUUUAAUGUAAUUUUUUUAAAACAAAAGUGUUAUUGUAUUGACAACAUAAAGAUAUCAUCAAAAUUAUGUGAAUUGUUAGAUUUACAGAAAAGACCUCAAUUAAACGAUGUGAUGAGUCAAUUUGAAAUAAUAAUUAAUAAUUCUACAAAUAUGCGUUUUCAAAAUAUUUCUAAAAUAUAUGAAGAUAUUUAUGAAUAUUUUGAACAUUUUAUAGUUUCUGAAAAUAAAAUAAACGAUAAAACAUGUAACGAAAUAAAAGAAAAUAACAUAAUGACAACAACAAAUCUAACAAUAGAAAAUAAAAAAUAUAUAAAAGCUGACGAGUAUGAACGAUUUAAAGAUUUCAUUAAAGAAAAUAAAUUUCUUUUUAUUAAAAAUAAACUUUGGAAAAGUAGCAAUGUAUUUUUUCUUAGAAAUGGUAUACCUUUAAAUUUGUUUAUAUGUGAGUUACCAAAAUUGUAUAAAAUAAAAUAUCCAAAUUUAAUGAGUCUUAGUGGAAUUCAAUUAAAAUUGAAGCAUUCUAAAUUAGUUAAUAUUUUAAAUAAGAUUCAAAAUCGAUUUAAUAACAAUAAAAAAAAUAUAAAAAGUCAUAAAAAUGAGAAUAAAAUAAAUGAUGAUAAUUUUAAAGAAGAUAAAAAUAUGCAAUUAACUGGAUUAUUAAAGAUGUCUUAUAUUAAUACAUUAAACAUGAUUGAUAUAUCAAUUUGUGACGAGUCUAAUAUAUCUAACUUCAUAGAAAUCGAAAAAUUGAGUCCUAUGAAAAAUUCAAAUAUUUCAUAUAAUAAAAAAAUUAUUAGCAAUGAAAGCCUAAAUAAACCAUUAGAAUGCAAAUGCUUUGAAAAAAUAUAUUUACCAAAUAUUAACUAUGUUUUGAUAAAAAAAGAUGAAUGUAUUUAUAUUAAAAACUCGGUUCUAUAUAAUAAGACAAAGGAUAAAAACGUUAUUCAUAAGGAUAUUAAAGAAAAUAUAAUUAAUUUGUUGAAUAUUCCAAUAAAAACAAUAGAACAAAAUACAGUUGAACAAACCGAAUCAGCCCCUAAAAUCGUGAGAAAAAAAACUCUGAAAUCGUGUAAUCCAAUUAGUAAUAAAAUGAAUAUUAAAUCUGUUAAAGAUGGAUUAAAAAUAUCACAAACUACAGAGAAAAAGUCGAGUAUAAAAUUUUCGUCGACCGCAGCAAUAACUCGAAAAUAUUCCAAAUUUAAUACAGAAAAAAAGAAAGGCAUAACCACAACAGUUUCUACCAAUAUUAAUAAAAGAAUAAUGACCAAAUCAACAAUCGAUUCCAAGAAACAAAUAAAGUUUUCGUUAAAGGAAAGUAAAAACGUUGUAAAUAUUAAUACCAGUUUAAAAAGAAAAUGCCCUUUGACAGUAAAAAAUAAAACUAAUAACAUAAAUAAAGUUCACAGUAAAGAAAGCUCUACCAUUAAAUCUUCAAAAAAAAAAGUAGAAAAUAAGGGCAAUAAAAUAAGUGAGCCGAAUUUAUUUAAAGACAUAAAAAACUUAAUAUAUUUUUUAGAUGAUAUCGGAUGUUUCGAUGUAAAUUUUAUUAUUGAUAAAAGAACAUUUGAAGAGGAUUAUAUUCCAAAACCAUUUUUAAAAAUGGCACGUAUGUAUUUAUACAUAAAAGUAAAAAAAAAAAUAUACGAAGAUUUUUUGUUUAAUAAAGAAGAUUUGAUUGAAUAUGCAUAUACUCACAAUAUUUCAAAUUAUAAAGAAUAUAUAAAUGCAGAAAAUAAUAAUGCGGAAUAUUUUAAAUCUUGCACCGAUUUAAUUUGCUUAUAUCUGUUCGAAAAUUUUUCUUCCAUAUUAGACAGCUUAUUGGUAUUUAAUAAUAAUAAAUUUUUUGAAUGGUAUACUAAAGUUAAUGAAGAAUGCAAUAACGGUAAUGAGAAAAUAAAUGGUAACAAUUUGGACUAUCAAAAUAGAGUUACUAAUACAGAAAUGAAAAACGAAAAUAGUUUAUAUAUAGAUAAUAUUAAUGUAAAUCCUUUAGAUAUGUAUUCUGGCAAUGCAUAUAAAUUGGAUGGAAGUAGUGAUAUAAAGAGUACAGAUUUUUCAGAAACAAAUAAAAUACCAAAUGAUCAAGUAAAAAAUAAUAAAAAGCUACAUAAGAAAAGUUGGUCCUUUAAUAAUAAGGACAAAGAAGUUUUAAAAAACCUUUUUUUCUAUAAUUAUUUUCAAGAUGAUAAAAAAAAUGAGGAUAACAAUGAUAAUCUUCGUAAAGCAUUAACCAUUGCAAAUUUCAAACAGAAGGAAUCAAAACUAAAAAAAUUUAAUACAAUGCAUACAGUUCUACAAAAUAAUAAAACACUAGAGGAAAUAAAUAAGAACCAACUUCACAAAGGUAAAACGGAAUUAGAUUUUGGGAAAAUGCUCUCUAUAUAUAAACAAAAUGAAACGAAUGAUAGUGACUAUAGUAAUAUUAUAUUAAUUCGUAUGUAUAAAAGCGACACAAUUUUAUCACAUAUUAAAUGCAUUGAGAAAGCAUUUUUAGAAUGUAAAAAAUUUAAUGAAAAAUUUUUACUUUUUUCAAAAAAUCUUGUUAAACUGAAUUUUAUAAAAAUUGACGGUAAAGUAGAGCAAUUAACAAGUUUGGUUUUAACGAUGUCUGAAAAUCAUUUUCAGCUACGAGAAAAAUUUUACAAGAAUCGUAAAGAGAUAGAAGACAAUGAUAAAAAAAUAGAGCGUAAAUCAAAUGAAAAUAUAGUAAAAAUAGAUGAUGAAGAAAACUUUAAUUUAAAUGUAAAUCAAAAUUUAGAAAUGUUUUUACAAUGUCAAAUAUAUAGUGGAAAUAAAUCAAGCAGAUGGAUAAUAGGCUUGUUAAAUGAUGUAAGCAUAUCUAUAUGUUUUGAACAUUAUCAAUUAUUUCGUAAACAUUUUUUAUUUCAGAAUUUGAAUGUAAUUUAUACUAUUGAUAACUUGCCUAUGCAUAUUAAAUGGAGUUCCCUGAAGAACAAUUGUAACAUAAAAAAAUUGAAAAAUGUAAAAAAUUUUGAAGCUGCUAUAAAUAGCAUAUCUAAUUUAUAUAAUAAUUUUUUAAAGCUAGCUCAUAGAAAUGUUGUAAAGAAAUUAUUAAAACAUGAUACAACCAAAAUAUUAUAUAAACACAAAGAUAAAUGGGUCACGAAAAAAAAAACAACAAAUUUUGAUACCAACUCAAAUGUAAUUACAGAAGAAAACUGUACAAAUCGUCGAGGAAAUGUUUGCAAUGAUUCUGAAUAUAAUAAUGUUGAUGAUGAUAAACAAAAUAUGGCAUUUUCUUAUAUAUACAAAAUAAAUAAAAAUGAUAUAAAAAACUUCAAUGAAAUUUAUAAAAUUAUUAAAAAUAAAUAUCUUAAUUUCAUUCCUAAAAAUUAUGAUAAAAAUGAUUUAUUUUGCCAUGUUAUCAAACAUGUAUUUAUGAAUUGUAAUGAACUUAAGAUAUUGCCCUGUCUUAAAAAAAAGGAUAACAUAUAUUCACUUUAUUGGGACAAUAUGUAUGACUGUAUUAAUAUAUAUCCAUUCUGCAAAUAUUUAAACGCACUAACAUUUUUUAUGUUAGAUUUAGGUCUAACUAUUUUAUUGCCAUAUUUUGAAAUUGACAAUAUUAUUCAUUUGCAUAAAAUGGUCAACGAAGAUAAUAAUAGGAGUGAACAUAAAAGCACUUCAACUGAAACAAUUGAUAAAGAAUUUGAUAUUAUAAUUGUUAAUGAUGAAAGAAUAAAAAACAAUAUAGAAGAUACUAGUAAUUCAUUUUUAGAUAUUAAAAAAGAUCAACCAUAUAAUUCUAAAAGCAUUAUAAACAAUGAUUCAAAUCAAAAUAAAAACUAUGGCAAAGUUUGCAAUUUAACACCUGUACUUUUAAGGAAUGCAAUAAGAAAAACAUUUUUGGCAUUUACACAUUUUAUAAAAGAAUGUUUAGACAAAAAAAAUUUAUCUACAAUUUUGUAUUUAUUUGAUUAUAUUUUUUCUGAUUUUAAGCAAAAUAAUGAAAUUAUUGGAUUAGUAAAAUGCGUAACAAAUAUACCACUACUGGUUAUACUAUAUUGCGACAUGUUGGACUUGAAAAGAAAUAUACUUAAAUAUGUGGAUUGUGAAGACGAAGAGGAAAACAUAUAUAAUGAAAUAAAAGGAUGUGACGUGAAAAAUAAUGAAACAAAAAAUUAUGAAAUAGUUAGUGAUAUAGUAAAUAGCGAUUUGGAGAAGCUUAAUGGAAUGAGCAAUAAAGAUGAUGAAACUAAAAGUAUUGAUUACAAUACCAAUACAUUUCAUUCUUUUUCAUAUAACAAUAAAAAUUUUAGCGACACAAAAAUUACAUGUCUAAAUAGCUUUAUUAAAAGUAAAAAUAACGAUUUUAAUUCAGAUUUAUUUUAUAAUUUUGAUUGCAUCAAUUUUAUUAAACACAAUGAAAGCCGCCAAAUAUAUUAUUCUAAAUAUUUUUACUUAUUUAAUUUGAAUGAAAUAACUUUUAUAAAUGCUGGUUUGUAUUCAGUACAUAGUCUUUCUCUAUUAAUAGAUGCGAAUAUCAUAGUUAAAUUGACCUUUGAAAAUUUGACCAGCAUAUUGAAUGGGAAUCUUUACCCACAUAUAUUUCAUUAUUGUGAUUUUUUAAAUAUGAGUGAACAUAACAAAAGCGAACUAUUGGAUGAUAAAGGCAAAGAAAAAGAUUGCUUUGAGGGUCUCAUGUACAAUGCGAUAAAAAUUCCAUAUGAUUUCAAAAUAAUCGUUUACAACAAAUCAUUGUUACAUAUGAUUGUUGAACUAUACAAUGAAAACGAAGGAACAAAUUUUUUAAACAAAUUAAAAAAUUUUCGAUUAUUAAUAACCCUUGAUAGUAACAAAUCUGAUGAAUUAGACAAAAAAUAUAUGUAUGUUCAUAAUAUAUGCGAUAUAAAAAACAUAAUAGGAAAUAAAUUUAAAAAUGAUAAUAUCGAAGAAAUAUUAUUUUUAUUAGGGUAUAGUAAAAUAUGUAAUGCAGAAUUACUAAGUAAUACAAUAAUUGAGGAAUAUUUAAUAAAUAAUUAUGAAGAUCUUAUGCUAUCAUUAUAUAAAAAUGUUAAAUAUUUAAAAUGGGACAUAUUAAAUAGAAAUGAUUUAAAUACUCUUUUAAAUACAUUUUUAUUAAAUAUUAAAUUUAAUAGUAAUAAUAUUUUGUAUUUGAAAAGUUUGCCUAUCUUUUAUUCUUUAAAUCAUUCAACAUUUUUAAAUAUAUUAGAUAAAAAUAAAAAUUAUAUUGUAAUAAAUUCAAAGAAUAUAGACUUGUUUGCUCUUAUAGUAUCUGAAAUUAUAGAAUACUAUGAUAUUAAUACUAAUAACAAACCAUAUCCAAUAUCUAAUAAAAUUGAUACUAUAAAUAUUUGUGAGUAUAAUGAGGAUAAUAUAAGGGGAAAUUAUAUUCAAGCUAACAACAAUAUUUAUAAUGACAAUAAUAAUAGAAUAAAUAAUUGCACAGUAAACUGUAGUAAGAGAGAUAGCAGUGAAAAUUUGUUCACUAUAGACAAUAGUCAUGAGAAAGGCAAGAUUUCUAAUAUAACGAAAUUCGACGAAAAUAAAAAGGAUGAAGAAUUUUUACAAUCAAAUUUGCAAUUAACUAAUGGGGUUGCUUCAGAUUAUGAUGAUACUUAUGAUGAUGACACUGAUUCGUAUAAAAUGUGUAAUAAUAUAAAUAAUGAAAAUAUGAUAUAUAAAAUUAAGUAUAUAUUUUUACACCAUUUUGAAAUUAAUAUAAACGUUUGGAAACACAUAAAUAUAGAAUGCUGGAAUUUCUAUAACAUUAUUAAACAAUUUUUUUAUGGUGUUUUAGUAAAUAGCAUUAAUGAAAAAUUAUUUCAGAAUAUUAUGCUUUACAUAUAUAAAGAAUACGAAGAGGUUGUUGAAAAGAAAUAUGGAGAGACAAAUAAUAAGAAUAAUUAUUUAAACAAUAUUUAUAAUGCCAAAAAUUUAAUUAAUUCUGAAUCUUCUUAUGAAUAUUAUUUUAAGGACAUUUUUUGUGAACUAAGAGAAUUACGCUUAAAAUUCAAAAACAAUUUCCUAAUUUCACAACUCUAUAAUAAAAAUGAUGAUAUAUUUAAAGAAUUUAUAAAUGACAAUAGGCUAUUUAAAUUUGUGCAUUUAUCAAAUUUUAAAUACGAGCAAGAAUUCUUAGAAAGUAUGCACUUUCAUGUAAUGCCUAAUAUAACAGAGUUAAACGACAUUUUAUCAAUUUUAAUUUAUGUUUUAAAUAAUAAAAAUAAUUUAUUAGAUUCAUUUGAUAUAAAAAUUAUUCUUAAUAGUAUUCAUACCGAUUGUAGUAAAUACAAUACUAAUUUUAAUGAAACGCAUUUAGAUAAAAAAAUUAAUUCUAUACUGAAAUACGCUAAUAAUAAUUUUCAAAUCUUAAUCAAAAAUAAGAAUGACAACUUUGUUUAUUUAUUAAAAUCGUUAAUACAUAAAUUAAUGGAUACAAAUAAAUUUUCAGAACAAAUAAAAAGUUACACAAAUUUGUAUAAUUUUUAUAGACAGAAUAAUAACUCAAAUAUUCAAAAUAUUAUUGAGAAGGAAACAUCAAAAAUAAAUAAUGGCAUAUCAAGUUACUAUGACAAUAAUAAUCACCUUGACAAUUUUAAGGGGAAUGAAUAUACUGUAGAAGGAAAUAAUGAACCUGAUACUGGUAAUAAUAACAAUGACAAUAAUGCUUAUUCAGGAAAUGACAUUAAAUAUAAUAAUAAUUUUAAUGAAUGUGACGAAAAAAAUGACAAUCCACUUGCUCUCAAUAAACAGGAUACAGAAAAUUAUAAACAUAAUAAAAGAAAAACGAUAUGA